UCUGAAAAAUGAUGAAGCUUGCUUCUUCGUUGCGUUGUCUUCGUUGUUGUUGUUGGAGAGAGAGAGAGAUACACUGAAAAAAUCUGUGGACUUUGAUCAAUGGGCGAGUCAAUUCGAUUUAGUGUGAUCACACAACGUCACGCGUCCAUGGGUCAGACAGAGAACAUUCAGAAGAUCUUUAGUAGAUUUAGUGUGAUCUUUGAAGAUGACGUCAUAAAUAUCCAACCACACAACGCUUCUCUUUUCCUUUUACGGUCUCUCUCUGUCUCGUUCUUCCUUGCACUUGCACACAACGCUUCGCUUUUCCUUUUACGCUCUCAUUCUCUCUCUCUCUCUCGUUCUUCCUUGCACACAACGCUUCUCUUUUCAGAAUUUCGUCUUGUCUUCCAGAAGAAUCGAAAGACAAUAUGGAUUACUCCGAUAAUAUUCCUAGGGUUGUUUCACAGUCCAAACUCGACAUAUUGUUGUAUGUCGCUGCCAUGAUUUACGAUCAAGAGUACGGUCCUCACGACGAUGACAAAUCAAAGACCUCUGGCGAAGAAGAAACAGAGACGGAAGCAAGAAUCUUUGGGGAUAAAGUACCGAGAAAGAACAGAGUUCGCCGAUCACCUUCUUCUCGCAAGACUGUAACAACACCAUGGACGCGCGUGAUCGAACAACAGAGAUCGGUACUACAAAACCCUAAUGCAUCAGAAUCGGAACCUUCGUCUUCUUCUUGCGUCACCCAGUUCAAGAAACGUCGUCAUGACGAUCAUCAGAUCAAUACGGAAGAGAUCGUAAGUCGCAAGAAACUCAGAAUCUUUCAUCCUCUAGAGGCGGAACCAAUUCAAACGAGUCCACCGGAUUGGCUUUUGAGAGUGAUGAGGAGAGAAGAGAACGCAUACAAUCCGAAGCUGAUCUCAACGAGGAAACUGUACAAGACUGAUCUCGGUAGAAUUCAAGGACGUCUCUUAGUUCCUUUCAAGCAAGUUAAAAAUCCAGACUUUUUGACAGAGGAAGAGACAAGGAUCAUAGAUGAACAAGCGAGGAAGCUUCGUAAGGAAGGUGUGAGUGUUGAUUUGGUUGAUCCUCAGAUGAAAAAACAUGCCCUUGAAUUGAGGAAGUGGAAGAUGAGUGGAAACUGGAAUUAUGUCUUUGUUGUUGGUUGGAACGAUGUGGUUUCUGCUAAUGGGUUUCAGGUUGACGACUUCUUUCCUCUUUGGUCUUUCCGAUCUGGAAGAAGUGGUAAACUCUGUUUUGCUCUUGUCCCUCCUACGAAAGCUAGCCACGGCGGCGACCUUUAGUGUUUUUUUACUUCCGGUGAAUGUAUCUAUGGAUGCUCUUCUUUAGCCGAUUCUCUGAUCAUGCUCGCCACACGUACAUAAAGGAUCUACAUUUUUCUGGCAAUUCUCGAUUUUGUUUGGCUUAAAGAUGCAAUUUUUAUUGGAGAACUUUAGUGUUUUUUCGUCUUUGGCUAUUAGGGGUUUUGAGAUUGAUGACACUUGUUGUAAAUGUCGUCAGAUGAAACACUAACUAAAGAAGUUAU